GUAUGCCGCGAUAUUGUUUAAGAAGCAGAGAUAUGUUUCUGGUCAAUACAAAGUCAACCUCAAGAUAGUUUGUAAGGAAAAUUUUAAGUAUGAAGUUCAAGAGAGAUCCCCGGCAAACCAAGCCAUUACCAUGCAACAGCUUGCUGAGGAAUACUGGAGGAUUGACAAGUUUUUUCUGAAGAGUUUUCCGAUUCUUUUCUUCAUUUUCAACAUUAUCUACUGGCUUGCAUUCAUCCUGUAAUCUUUCAUUUAUUCAUCAUUCAAUCAUUUUGUAAAUAUUCAUUUAUUCAUUCAUCUAACCAAUGCAUUCAU